AUGGGCCAGAGACAUAAUCGACGUCGCACACGACCCCGAUCUCGAAACCGCAGCGUCGAUCCUCUACAUCUUCCGUCACACCCUUUUUCACGACCUGUCAAUACCUGCGCUCCAGCUGUUCCCUCCGCUUUCGACUGUCCUGAAAUACCCGCCCCGACCUGGCACUAUGGGCAUUUGCUAGGGCAGAAGCGUGAUCGUGCGCUGAGGAUGGAGGCUUCUACGCUGGAGGCGGAACAGUAUCGUCUCUUUGGCGGUGUCCCGGGCGACGAUGUUGGUCUCUGUUAUCGCAUGUUGGAGUACUUCGGUGGACUCGACUAUAUCGAUUGUCCACAGUCCUUAAACGCACUACCUGGGUGA